GAAGUUUGGCCCGCGGGCGGAUCCGUAGCCGUAGUCCCCUCAGGCGUCCGCAGUCAGGAAGCCGGGAAGCCUGGAGUCCAGGACACCUCGCGGAGAUCCAGGAUGUCGGAGGAGCAAACCGGGCAGAGCGAAGGCUCCUCUCAGGCUGGUGGAGUGACUGUCAGCGACAUCCAGGAGCUGAUACGGCGCAAGGAGGAGAUCGAGGCGCAGAUCAAAGCCAAUUAUGACGUGCUGGAGAGCCAAAAAGGCGUUGGCAUGAGUGAGCCGCUGGUGGACUGCGAGGGGUACCCCCGCUCAGAUGUGGACCUGUACCAAGUCCGGACCGCAAGGCACAACAUCGUCUGCCUGCAGAAUGAUCACAAGGCGGUCAUGAAGCAGGUGGAGGAAGCCCUGCACCAGCUGCAUGCUCGGGACAAGGAGAAGCAGGCCCGGGACAUGGCUGAGGCCCACAAAGAGGCCAUGAGCCGCAACCUGGACCAGAGCGAGGGCCUCAGCCCCCCUCAGGCCUUCGCCAAAGUGAACAGCAUCAGCCCUGGCUCCCCGGCCAGCAUCGCGGGUCUGCAAGUGGAUGAUGAGAUUGUGGAGUUUGGCUCUGUGAACACCCAAAACUUCCAGUCUCUGCAUAACAUUGGCAACGUGGUGCAACACAGUGAGGGGAAGCCUCUGAAUGUGACCGUGGUCCGCAGAGGGGAGAAACACCAGCUUAGACUUGUCCCAACCCGCUGGGCAGGAAAAGGACUGCUGGGCUGCAACAUUAUUCCUUUGCAAAGAUGAUUGCCUCUGGGGAACCGUAAUAAGAAAACAUCUUCCCUUGCCCUGGACGUGGGUCUGGUGGGGAUUUCUUCCUUCUUUUCUCUCCCUGAAGCGUAAGCAUCUGGAAGAGGCUGGAAGCCUGAACUUCUGGGUAGUGGAAAUACUAUGGCCGCCCAGUGUAAUCUCUUGGGAUUAAGACAUUGUUAACUUGGUUUGUAGUUGGCAUCUUUUGCAUAUUAGGCCAUGGCCCUAAGUGGGAGCCAUCUGGAUUGUGGGCAAGUGGGCUGGAAUUAUUCUGGCAGGUGCCAAUAUGUCUUUAUUCUUUUAGGAUUUUUUCCCCCAAAUAAACACAGGUUUACAGUGCUGAUAUGA